AUGUCAAGCUCUUCAGCAAAGGAUGCUGAUGUUCCCUACUUCAAAGGUGACAACUAUAACCUUUGGGCUUUGAUGAUGAAGACUAUGUUUAGAUCAAAGGAUCUAUGGAAACUAGUUGAAAAAGGCUUCAGUGAAGAAGGAGAUGCAACUAGAAUAAAUGAAAGUCUCAAAAAGGAUGCCAAGGCCAUGUACCUGAUCCAACGAGCCCUUGAUCCAAAGAUACUUGUGAGGAUAUCUGAAGCCAAAACUGCUAAAGAAGCUUGGGACAUCAUCAAGACUGAAUUUCAGGGAGAUUCAGGUAACAUUACAAUCCAACUACACUCUCUUCAAAGGGAGUUUGAUGCAGUCAAGAUGAAACAAGGAGAGUGUGUUCAAGAUUUCAUCACCAGGGUGUUAGACAUUGCCUAUCAAAUUCGAAUGAUGAAAGAGGCUCUUCCUCAAAAGACAGUUGUGUCUAAGAUCUUAAGAAGUCUUACUCCCAGAUUUUCUCUGGUUGUUCACUCAAUCAUUGAAGCCAAGGAUUUGACCACACUAACUGUUGAGCAGCUCAGCAGUUCUCUGAAAAACCAUGAAUCUAUUUUGAACAUUGAAGGUGGCCAUCAUGAAGAAGAAAGAGCCUUGCAUGCUGGGAGAAGCUCAACUCAGUUCGGUGAUCAUUCUCAUCGAGGUGGAAGAGGUAGAGGUCGUCACUUUCCCAGGGGAAGGGGACGCGGUCGUGGGCGUGGAAGAAGCUCAGAAUUUAGUCAUGGAGAAUCAUCUCAUCAAUGGGACAGCAUCAAGCAACACAAAGGAGUACAGUGCUUUGUGUGUAAGAAGUUUGGGCAUGUUAAAGCCCAGUGA